GAAGAGGAAACGAAGACCAGAGACCUAAAGUUCUCUCUCUUCUAGCAGUCCACCCUUCUCUCUCUGAUCUCUCUCUCUCUUGGUUCUCGGCAUGAGGUUCUCGGCCUUCUUCUUUGACGGCGCCUCCCGCGCCUUCCACCAUCGCCCUACCUUCUCCAAGCUCGUAGUCAUCUUGGCCGCCAGUGGUGGAGGUCUUGUGGCAUAUGCUGACUCAAAAUCAGACCAUGCCAUUGAAUCAUCUCGAGUAGCACCCAAGAAAAAGGUGGUAGUUCUUGGUACUGGUUGGGCUGGCACAACUUUCUUGAAAAAUCUAGAUAGCUCAUUGUAUGAUGUACAAGUGGUAUCACCUCGUAAUUACUUUACAUUUACCCCUUUGCUACCUAGCAUCACAUGUGGAACAGUUGAACCACGCAGCAUUGUUGAGCCGAUUCGCAGAAUCAUAAAAAAGAAGGGAGGAGAAAUAAAAUUUUGGGAAGCUGAAUGUUUCAAAAUCGAUCCAACAAGCAAAAAAAUCCACUGUCGAUCUGAUAUUGGCACAAAUUUGGAUGGAAAUGGUGAAUUUCUUCUUGAUUAUGACUAUCUGGUGAUAGCAAUUGGAGCCAGGGCAAAUACAUUUAACACCCCUGGUGUAGUGGAACAUUGUCACUUUCUGAAGGAAGUAGAGGACGCUCAGAAAAUUCGUAGGAGUGUAAUGGACUGUUUUGAGAGGGCCAGUCUUCCAAACCUUGAUGCAGAAGAGAGGAAGAGGAUUCUUCAUUUUGUUAUUGUUGGUGGUGGUCCAUCUGGUAUUGAAUUCGCUGCAGAGUUGCAUGAUUUUGUUACUGAAGAUUUAUUUAAGUUAUACCCUAUGGUUCAAGACUUGGUGAAAAUAUCUGUUAUUGAAGCUGGAGAGCAUAUCUUGACCAUGUUUGACAAGAGGAUCACUAAAUUUGCGGAAGAGAAGUUCCAAAGAGAUGGUAUUGAAGUGAAAACAGGGCUUAGGGUUGUGGAGGUGGCCGACAAAAACAUCACAAUGACACACAAAUCAACUGAAAAAAUGUCUGUACCAUAUGGAAUGGUUGUCUGGUCAACUGGUAUCGGGACACGCCCUGUCAUAAUGGAUUUUAUGAAACAAAUUGGUCAGGUUAACCGGCGUGUGUUAGCAACUGAUGAGUGGCUGAGAGUCCAUGAAUGCAAUGGUGUAUAUGCACUUGGUGAUUGUGCCACCAUAAGUCAACGAAAAGUCAUGGAAGACAUCUCAGCAAUCUUUAAGGUUGCAGACAAGGACAAUUCUGGAACUUUAACUGUGAAAGAAAUCCAAGAUGUUUUAGAUGAUAUUUGCAUAAGAUACCCUCAAGUGGAACUCUAUUUGAAGAGCAAGCAAAUGAGCGACAUUGUUGAUUUAAUUAUGGAUUCCAAAGGUGAUGUUGAGAAGGAAUCUGUAGAACUGGACAUAGAAGAGUUCAAAAGAGCUCUUGCAAAUGUAGAUUCACAAGUCAAAAAUCUUCCUGCAACAGCUCAGGUUGCUGCACAACAAGGCAAUUAUCUUGCUAAAUGUUUUAACAAAAUGAAGGACUGUGAAGAGAGUCCUGAAGGUCCACUGCGCAUGAGAGAAUCAGGUCGCCAUCACUUUCGCCCCUUCAGGUAUAAGCAUUUUGGGCAAUUUGCCCCAUUGGGCGGAGAACAGACUGCUGCACAGCUGCCUGGAGAUUGGAUCUCUAUAGGCCACAGUACCCAGUGGCUCUGGUAUUCUGUGUAUGCAAGCUAACUGCAUCUCUUGGUUCCUGCGCCACUCCCACCAAUCAUUAGAUUGAUGGAUAAUUUGAUGGAUUAUUAGUUUUGAGGUGGAUGAUAUGAUACCUUCACUUGGGGUUGAGGCAGCAAAGGAGAUCCGACCGAUCCUCACCACCGCCGCAGCGAAUCCGACCAAUGCUUACCACCGCCACAGCGAUGAGGUUAUCAUAGAUCUCCCUGGCUCUGUCAUCCACAUGAAGGAAAACAGCUUGCUCGUCUGGGACGAAGUCCAUUAUCUUGCCCUCUACCCUCUUGCAUGAAUGAGAUGUAUGCCUGAAAUGCUUGCAAGAGAAAUCCUUCCUCAGGUGGAUAAUGAUAUCCAUUAACCCUGGUUGUAGCAGCUGGUGUAUUCCUCUUGAUCACAUCUGCCCAAUUAGAGAUGCUGCUGCACCAUCAAUAUCAAAGCA